UAAUGCUAAGGGUCGGCAAAGGAUACCAUCAUUUUUCAAGAUAUUAAUUAUGACCCUUAUUGACCUUUAUUCUAGCAUAUGUGAAACAAUAUCACAAAGAAUUAGUGAACACAAAACUCUCUCUCGAUCCACCAACAGCUACUACGAGAACAAGUGAAUAACAAACAAACUAAUUAGAAGACAAUGGAAUCAGAGAAUCAGUACAAGAAAGGGUUAUGGACAGAGGAAGAAGACAAGAUUCUCAUAGACUACAUAAAGGUUCAUGGGAAAGGACGAUGGAAUCAUAUUUCUAAGAAGACUGGCUUAAGGAGAUGUGGGAAGAGCUGUAGGUUAAGGUGGAUGAAUUACCUAAACCCAAACGUGAAGCGAGGCAAUUUUACUGAGGAAGAAGAAGAUCUUAUCAUUAGACUUCACAAUCUCCUUGGAAACAGGUGGUCAUUGAUUGCCAAGAGGGUACCUGGGAGAACUGACAACCAAGUUAAGAAUUACUGGAAUACCCAUUUGACUAAAAAGUUGGCUGCAAAAGAUCAAAAUGGCAAACUCAACAUUAAACAACAAAGUAGUGGGGUUGCUAUUUCUGGCUCAACAGUCUCCAAGGCAGCUACAAAUUCAGGAUAUAGUGAAGGCACAACCACUGAUCAAAUUACAGUUAAUACUGGGAUUCAAAAAGCUACUCAAGUGUCAAAUACACAUGAAUUGACCUUUAAGGAUACCUACACAAGCUCUUUUUGGUUUUAUGAUGAUCCUUUAGAGCUCACUAGAAUUAGAGAUGAGUUUUUGGAUGGGUAUUCUUUUGAUCUUGGUUGAUAUGAUUGUAUAAUCUUUAUUGCCAAAUAACUCCUUUUCUGAAAUCAUGUGAAAUUUAAGACAAAGUAAGUGAGAUAAUUGUAAAUAUACUUAUUCUC